ACCACCCACUACCACACCCUCCCCAAUACCACCACCCAUUACCACACCCUCACCGCAGUACCACCUCACCACACCGUCAACAGCCCAUCACCACAUCAAGACCGUCAGUCAGACUAUAAGCAGUUGAUCACCACGGCAAGAAAUACGACUCCAGGGAGAUAGGAGUCAGACAACCUUAUAUUUUGUUUGGAGAUGAGUCACCAUAACACGUGAAACUCAAGUUAAUCUCCAUACCUGUGACGUUCUUCCUUCUGCUGUCAUGGCGGAAAACGAGAAUACGCCGGUGGAUGUUUUCUUCAGCUCCUCAACCCAACAGUAUAUUAGCAAGAAUUUGAUGGCAGGAGACUGGUGGAGGAGUGCGCAGGCCACCUUUUGGCGGGCAGACUUCUGGUUGCCUGAAGGAAUCGUAUGGCAGGACAUCCACACUUCAGUCUACGACGUGUUGAUCUACCCAAUGCUUCUCAGUGUUGUCAUUUUAUUCUUCCGUUAUUGCUGCCUCGAGCCACUCCUGCUGGUGCCUCUGGCGAGAGCCGCAAGGAUAAACAAAAAACGGGUUGCGCUUCCAGUAUCCAACCAAAUCUUAGAGCUGAUAUAUCAGCAGUAUCAGAUGAAGGUGCCCAAGGGGAUGUUGAGAGAGGCGUGUAGAUUGACAGGUAUGACACAGCGACAGGCAGAGCGGUGGCUCCGUCGCCGUCACUCCCUCGUCUGCCUCACCAAAUACGAUAAGUUCUUGGACUGCGGAUUUAAGCUGGUAUGUCACAUCAUAUUCGCUGCGUUAGGGGCGAUCAUCACGCUGCCUAAACCGUGGCUGUGGGAUACUACACUCUGCUGGCAGGGCUUCCCAAACCACGAGGCCACCCCUGGCAUCUUCUGGUACUACAUGAUCAUCUUGGGCUACUACUGGGCCAUUACCAUAGUGGAGCUUCCUCAGGCCGGAGUUAAUGACUCAACCAAAGCUAUGAUGAUCCUUCACCACACCUUAACCAUUGCUCUUGUUGUAUUCUCCUGGACCUGUGGCUUGUUUAGAAUAGGUAUUCUUGUUAUAUUCGUCCUUGAGUAUGCAGACAUUGCUUUGUUGGCGGCCAAAGUGUGUAAGUACUCGGGCUUGGAGAAGGCGUGUGAGCCGCUGUUUAUCGUAUUCGUGGUGCUGUGGUUCCUCACUCGCUGCUGUGUGCUGCCCUUCUGGAUCGUUCGCUCUGUGUUCUUCGAACCCACCUGGUUGACAGGAUAUCCAGUUUCAUAUAUAUUAAAAGGAUGGAUGGUUGCUCUUGUGAUGCUGAAUAUGAUAUGGACGGGGAUGGUGAUGAGGACGGUGGCAAGGAAGAUCACAGGCGGGGGUUUGCAGGACGUACGCUCUGCCUCCGACGACUCAGACACCAAGGCGGACUGAAGCUAUAUACAGUAUUUAGUGAAUGUGAUAAACAACUAACCUAUCAGGACCUAAUUUUUUUUUUACUAUUUAAUCCAUGAAAAUGAGUCAAUACACUGGCAUUAAGGAUUUUACUUUGCACUCUUCUGUAAAUAUGGGCAUUAAUUUAUAUUGUGUAACCAUGUUGUGGCAAUACAGCUUCUCUCUGUCUCACUUGGUUAUCCAACACGUCUUUUACAACUAUUUGAUUUAGAUGAUCGCCUGUUGUUGUUAAUUUUACUACGGGUACAGGAUAUUAUUAUUAUCAUGGAGAGUAUUAUCAUUAUUACUAUUAUUAUUUUCACUUAUUGUGAAUACCAUAAUUGAUACUAAUAUUAUUGCUAUUUUUAUCAUUGUUAUCAUUUUUAUUGUUAUUAUAAUUAUUAUUAUUAUUUCUCUGUAGCUGUCUUCAACAACUAAACAAUGACUUAUCUCUCUUAUUUUAUUAUUAAUGAUAAGUGUAUUUUUUAACCUAGAAUACAUGCUUAAAACAUUGCGAAUUAAAAACAAAAACUUUUAAUACAAUAAUAUACAUCUACCCCAGUAUUCAAACAAACCUUAUGCUGUAAUUUAAAGACCAUAUCUGUUGAUAUGGAUAUAACAUAACAACUACACAGGACAAAUAAAAAGGAUAUUUUUGUUUUUAUAUA